AUGAAGUUCACUCUCUGUCUCAGUGCUUUCACCGCACUUCUGGCCUCAGCUACCGCACAGAAGGUCUCGGGCUCAGCUCAAGGUUUCGCACAAGGUGUCACAGGCGGCGGCUCUGCUACUCCCGUUACGCCCAAGAACAUUAAUGAGCUGGUGACUUAUCUGACCGACAAGACUCCUCGCGUUAUUGUCCUCGAUCGAACUUACAACUUCAUUGGCUCGGAGGGUACUGUCAAAGAGAAGGGAUGUGCGCCUUGGAAGACCGGGCCGGGUUGUCAGUUGGCCAUCAACGCUGCCAAUAAUUGGUGUGGUAGCAACCCGCCUGUCGACGUUACUUACUCCAAGGCUGGAACAUCCGGAAUCAAUGUGGCUUCUGAUAAGACUAUCAUUGGUGUUGGAAACAAGGGUAUUAUCAAGGGCAAGGGUCUGCGAUUUGUGAAUGUCAAGAACAUUAUCGUCCAGAACAUCCAUGUCACUGAAUUGAACCCUCAAUACGUCUGGGGUGGCGACGCAUUUACCUUUUCUGGAACCAGCAAGAUCUGGGUUGAUCACUGCACAACUUCUCUGCUCGGUCGCCAGCAUUACGUCUUCGGCCGUGAUAAGAGCACCGGUAUCACACUGUCCAACAACCACAUUAACGGCCUCACUCAAUGGUCAGCUGGUUGUGAUGGCUACCACUACUGGACUAUUGAGAUGGUUGGCCAAGGCGAUCAGAUCACUAUGCAAGGCAACCUGAUUGAGCACACUGCUGGCCGUGGCCCUGCCCUUUCUGCCACCACCUUCCUGCACGCCGUGAACAAUGUCUGGCGCGACAUCAACGGCCACGCCAUCGAAGGCGACACAGCCGGCAAGGGUCUUUUCGAAGGAAACGUCUUCCAGAACGUCAAGCAGGUGGUUGUCCCCGACUUCAAGGGACAGCUCAACAGCUGUCCCGACAGCACCGCUGCUAGUGCCACCCAGCAAUACCUGGGCCGUGUUUGCCAGGGAAAUAUUUUCACUUCGUCUGGGGCUUUUAGCCGUAAGGAUACUGGCUUCAUGUCUGAGUUCAAGGGUCUGCCUAUUGCUAGAUCUACGCAGGCGACUGUGGCACAGGCCAAGGUUCCUGGCAAUGCUGGCUUUGGAAAGAUCUAA